AAACAAUGUAACGCUAUUCUAACAUAUAAACUACAAGACGCCAACUCAAAAGCUGCACUCAAGAAUAUUAAAAAUUAUCAGAAAUCAAGCCCAAAUAAGCAUUCCAUCUACUUCAGUAUAAAAACCAGUUCAUCAAUAUUAAUUCAGUUCAUCAAUAUUAAUUUUCCAAAUUAAACAAGAAGUAAAGCAAGUAAUAGAAGAAGAUUGAAGCCAGGAUUUCCUCUAACAUAAAAAUAAUACAAAAAAAAAGUCAACUGGUAAGGAAGUCAAUAACAAUUUGGUCAAUUCAAAAAUAAAUUUAUCAUAUACGGAACAACCUUUGCUGCUUCAUACCUACACCUCAAACAAUAAUCAACCAAAGAAUAAAAAUGAAUUCAUAACACCUGGAAACUUCGCACAAAAUAUUACGCCUGAACAAACGUUCUAUAAAAGCUCUAUUGAAGGUUCAACAAGUUUGCCACAACAACAAUACACUUCAUCAUAUACAUAUAAACAAAACGAAGGAGUAGUAAAUAUAUUGCCACAGGUGUUGCAUAGAUCAGUUGAAAAUAUACAUAAUAAUAACAGCAUAAAGCAUCCACAAUCCGUCAUGAACUCCAGUCAAACAACUCAGGGAGCGCCAGGAAAUCGGAUAACAUUUACAAGUCAAGCAUUACCGAAUGGUACUAUAAAUAUAGGUGGUGGACAUCCUGGUACAGGUUCAACAAUCAUAUCCACUUCUCAACUGCCCAACACAACAACGAUUAAGACAAUAACAUCUAGUGCGGCUGGAGCGCAUCAUCAUGGUUUGCCACAACAAGUACAGGUACAACAUCAUCAGGUACUACAAACACCUCAACAUCAGGGUCAAACGGGCCAUACAACAGCCCAACAGCAACAGCAUAAUAAUGCCCAAUCAGUAGGUGCCACUCAGACACAAACUUUAGUUAUAAAAUCCAAUCAUGCAGUAUCAUUGCCAGCCGGUUUAGUCUCAAGUGCACCAGGAAUAGUAACUAUGACCAAAACCUUAAAUCAGGGAAAUCAACCGAUAUUGAAUUCAAUGAUUCCCGCCAAUGUCGUCGUUGGGAUGCGGCCAUCAACAACGCCGCAACAGCAACAGAAAAAUGUACAAGGCAAUCCAUUGGGGCGCGUGUUGAUUAACGCGCCCCAUAUGGUAACAACAAGGCCACAAAAUCCUGCGAUAACUUUAAGUACACUAAAUCCCGGACAAACGCCUGCACUCAUAUUAAAAACUGAAAAUGGAUUUCAAUUAUUACGAGUAGGAACCGCCUCUGCCUCGGGUCCCGUGACACAAACAAUUGGCACUAAUUCCACAAAUCCAACACAAAUACGCUUGCAAACUGUGCCAGCUGCUGUAAGUAGAAUCACAGGGCCAUCUACAAUAGCACUACGUAAAACGAUUGUAAGAUCAUCCACUACCACCACAACCAACAAUUCCACAACCACCCAGAUUCAUCAACAGAAACAGGCAAUAACGACGAAACAGAUUAAACAAAAUGUAAUUUUCAACUCAAUUAAUUUGUAA